AAGUCUUGGAUCUCCUGUUCCUUCAGAUUUUUUCGUCUAUAGGAAAGUCCGCUCUGAUAGUUAACAUCUAUAAUGCCUCAGCAGGCUGCAGCAGAGCAGGUGAAGCCGCGAAAGCUCUCACAACCCUGCCAGAGGUGUAUUUCCCUCAAACAACGAUACUUGUAGGCAAUCUUAACCUACUACACAACAGAUGGCAACCCUCGCUACAACGCAGCCCUACAACUUUUGCAGAGCCGUUUAUCAACUGGCUGGAUCUCCAGGGUCUAGUACUCAUUUCCGAUAUAGACUGUCCCACAUAUGAAAGGGGUAACAUGUUAGACCUCA